GAAGAAUUAAUAUGGAACGUUGGUUAAAUAAAAUUGCAGUGGUAACAGGUGCCAGUUCUGGCAUUGGGGCAGCCAUUGUUAAGGAUCUUGUUAAAAAUGGCGUGCAAGUCGUUGGUUUAGCCAGACGUGUUGAACGUGUUGAGGAUAUUAAAAAGGAAUUGCCCAAAAACUUGCAAACAAAACUGACAGCUUUGAAAUGUGAUGUUGGAAAUCUGAAAUCGGUAAAUGAGACAUUCGACCGAGUAGAGGGCGAUUUUGGUGGCAUAGAUAUUCUAGUCAAUAAUGCUGGAUGCCUCAAACUAGGACAAUUAACCACCAUGAGUGUAACUGAUGUAGAACAAACACUGCAAACAAAUGUCAUGGGUGUCGUCUAUUGUACUCAACGUGCUUUUCAGUCAAUGAAAAAACGUAAUUUCAAUGGUCAUGUUGUGCUCAUCAAUAGUGUAGCUGGCCAUAAUAUUAUAGGCAGUGUUGUUGGUAGUGCACCCGACUUUAAUAUUUAUCCGGCUAGUAAAUUUGCCAUAACAGCAAUGACAGAAAUCUACAGGCAGGAGUUCAAUGGAUUGGGUACAAAGAUAAAAGUAACUAGCAUUAGUCCUGGAGCUGUGGAUACAGAAAUUUUAAAUACUAAUAUUAAAACUGCACUGGAAGGUACUAUUCUAAAAGCUGAGGACAUUGCUUCGGGUGUUUUGUAUGCCAUUUCAACGCCACCUCAUGUGCAAAUUCAUGAAAUGAUUAUUAAGCCGGUUGGGGAAAUGUUUUAAGCAGAU